ACUGUUCAACGACUUAAUUUAGAGUUGACACUUUCAGAAUUAGUCGAACAAUUGUUCUUUGUGCUGCUAUGAUGGAUGAGUUGACACAUUCACAAGAGCCUCAAGUCUUUGGCACAUCAACGUGACUCAUGACACCAUGGUCAGCGUCCGGACCCUCCUCUUCCUCCUCACGGCCACCUGCUGCGCCUACCUGCGGACGUCCCGAGCCGAGGAGUCCUCGCUGGAGACACGCUCCGUGGACUUCACCCUGAAAACCCAGCAGGAGAAAGACCUGAUUGAUGCUUUGCAAGAAGUUCUAGAAAAGCUGAGAAACAAAGAAAUGCCCCUGGAGAAGAAGCUCGGCUGGUUACCCUCAUGUGAUGCAGGGGAGCCGUGCGCCGUGCGUAAAGGCGCACGCAUCGGCACCCUGUGCAGCUGUCCCCGGGGGACUGCCUGUAACUUCUACGUCCUCAAAUGCUUGUAAAGAAGAGGCAGAAACGCAAAGGCGACAGAUGACUUCGGGUCAAUUUUCCCUUUUGCCAUUUUCUUUUUCAUACGUAGUCAUUUUUGUUCCAUCCACUUUCUAUUUCAGCCAUGUUGCACCGAUGUACUGCGACUGUUACUCCAAGGUUUGCUUUUCUUUGCAGCUAGUAUUCAGUGCAUUGUGAAAAUAUCCACGGCAGUCACAAAUUGUUCAAAAUCUACAGAUAAUUCAUGUCUUUGACUUUUACCCUCUUUCCUUUUAUUUUGAGCCAGCUGACCUUAGUGGAAUUUGAACAGCAGAGAAUAAAUUGUCUAUUGUAGUCCCAAUAACUCUUAUGGUUUAAUACCAAUCCAUCAAUUAAUGUUUAAUGUACUAUUAAACAAAUGCGACAUUUUGAUAUCUAUGUUAUUUAUAAAAAGUAAAGUGCUCUUUGGGCUGGUUCUGGAGAUUAUGACCCUUGAUCACACCAGUUGGUGCGUAUACUCACUACAAUUAAAGUUAAAUGUUCACAUAAAUAGACUAUGAGUAAAUUGAUAAGGACAAUUUGUGCAGAAACAGUAAGUCUGUAAAGUUAGGGCCUGAAAGGGCCACAAUUGUGACAUGUACUGGUGAAGUGAUGAAUGUAAGAUGUGAUAGGACAUCAGGGCAAUGUUUCUUUUCAUAUGCCCAUUUUGAUUUUCAUGAAAAAAAAAAUCAAACAGUUAUAUAUGUUUGAAUGUGAGAAAAAAACUUUCUGACGCUAUUUUCUCCUAAUUUAUGCCAUCAUUGUGGAACAUAAAGCUUACAGUCAGUUUAUAAAUAUAGCCUAUUUGUAAGAGUCAAGAACAAUAAACUAACUUUCAAAAAUCAA